AUGGUAAUGGAUGUCUGUAUUUUGCCUUGCCUCACCUAUGGUAGCCAAACAUGGGUGUACACUAUUAAGGCCAGAAACACGUUGCUUACCCAACACGCCAUGGAAAGGAGUAUGCUAAGGCUAAGGAGGAUACAUAAAGUUAGCAACAAAACCAUUAGGGAAAGGACAAAUGUUACAGACAUUCUCAAACAUGCUCUAAAAAUGAAAUGGCGAUGGGCAGGACAUGUAGCCAGGGUAGCCAGACCAAAGAUGGGCUCUCAAAAUCACGAAAUGGAGAGGCCCCCCAGUGAACAGACAUCAGGGCAGACCAAAAAUAAGGUGGAUGGACGAUAUUGCCAAAGUGGCAGGCACAAACUGGCUAGAGAAAGCAAAGGAUAG